AUGGUUCUGAAGCCAGCAGUGUUCACAGUGGAGACUCUGCAGGCAGGCCAGGCUGAGGUGUUGGUCUAUGUGACCGACCCUGAGGGACACACUGAGGAGGCUAAGGUGGUCUUCAACAAUGACAAGAACAGGACCUACACUGUCACUUACGUACCCAAGGUCGAGGGUGUCCACAAGGUAAACAAACUGCUGCCAUCAAUAUCCCAUGUAGAUUUAUGUUAUGUAUUAUUUACGUUACUUUACAUAUUUUUACUUGACUUGAUUUGAUUUGACUUAACUUUACUUGUCUUGAUUUUACAAUCUACACGUCUCAUUGUCACAAUGUACCACUAGAGCAUUGGAACCUUACAGGAACAUUUGAAUGUUUUCCACCUCAGGUAAAGGUGCUGUUUGCUGGGCAGGACAUUGACAAGAGCCCCUACACAGUGAACGUUGCCAAGGCCAUGGGUGAUCCCAACAAGGUCCAGGCCAGAGGACCAGGGCUGGAACCUACCGGCAACGUGGCCAACAAACCCACCUACUUCGACAUCUACACCGCAGGUAAGGUCCGGCUUCAACAAGGUCCGACCAGAAACACACUAGCACUGCUGGUCAAACUGGUGAAACUAGAAAAGGAGUCCAAACAUUUAGUCAUAGCCGUGGGAGGUAGGGAUGCUGAGGAUGAUACAGCACCCCCUGAGUUAUGGAUAUAUUUAUUGUAGUGUACUGGGCCUUUACUAGUCCUGUUUUAGCAGACCGAUAUAACCUUCUGUAACACUGGCAUUAUUUGUAUUCCAGCACCCCCACCCCCAAACAUCUUCCUGCGGCUAUGCAUUUACUCUGAGGGCCUACAACAAUGUCCAUGCAUGUUUCCUUGUUUUGAUCACGUGGUUUGACCAUGUUUCCUUGUUUUGAUCACAUGGUUGAUUAACAGCAUUUUGAUUGGUGUCUUCCUGUUGUCUUGUGUAGGUGCCGGUAAUGGUGAUGUGAGCGUUGUCAUCGUGGACCCUGAGGGGAAGAAAGACACAGUGGAACUGAUCUUGGAAAACAAGGGGGACAGUGUUUUCCGUUGCACCUACCGGCCCAUGUUGGAGGGCCCCCACACCAUCCACAUCCUGUUCGCUGGUCAGGAGAUCCCCAAGAGCCCCUUCAAAGUUCAAAUCGCAGAGGGUGAGUUAGCACUGAGCUAACCAACUGUAUCUAACUAUCACCAACUGUCACUACAAAGAUCCCUGUUGUUGACACUACUGUCACAUUGUGUCGUUCUGUUGUUGAUCUAUCACUCUCUAGUUCCGCAGUCUACAGCUAUCUCAAUCCCUCGGCGCUACUAACAGGUUGUCACGACGACUAAAUCAGUUAGUGUACUAUGUUUAAAUUUAAAUAAACUUCCUGUCUGUGAUUUUUAGCUCCUCCCUCUAUGGUGGGUCCUCCUCCAAUUCAGAUUAUCCCCCAGUCUGCUUUCACCUCUCCCGGGGGGGAGAAGGGGCCAGCGGGCAAGAAAGGGGGUGUCCCUACCCCCAAAGGCAAAAAGGGCCGACCAAGUUAGUAUGGGCCCUCCAGGUGGAGGCCUGCGCCCGUUUUGUCCGCUGAUAUGCUAGCCGUGCCCCGUCGUCCCUGUGCACUAUACCCUAUGCACUAUACCCUGUGCACUAUACCCUAUGCCUUGCAGAUGCCCUGUAUGCUUCUUGUGACGGGGGCAAUGCUAAACCAUCUGAGUGCCAUGCUUGGGGGGCGCCUGCCGCCUCGCCUAUGGCAGCUUGAUGUUGGAGACAGAUAUCUCUAUCUCUAUUAUGUAGCAAAGUGAAUGUUCUUGACUAGUAAGAAGCUAUCCAAUAAAGUUGUUUUAGUCUUAGUGGGAGGUUUUUAAAAAAAAAAAAAUUUUUUAAAAAAAUUUUUUUUUUCUUUGGGUCCCUUAUUUUGGGGAGAUUCAAUUUUUUUUAAAUUUUUUAGAAGGGGCAAUAGCCCGGUUUUUUUUUAAAAAUUUUUGCAAAUCCCUUUUGGGGUUAUUCAAUUUUAUCCCAACCCUUCAAUUUUUAUUUUAAAAAUGGGUCCCCCCUUCAUUUUUUCUAUUUUUACUGCUUUUCCUUCAAAGGGACCUAUGGGGAAAAAGCGGAUUUUUCCUGCCUUAAAGUUUUUGCUAUCUUUCUAUCAUUUUUCUAUCUUUAAACUAUUAAUUCCUUUUUUUCUAAAAAAAUCUCCAAAAACUAUUAUUAUCUAUUAUCAUCCCCCUUUUUUUUUUUUCUAUCUAUUUUUUUUUUUUUUUUCUUUUUCUAUUUUUUUUUUUUCCCCCUUUUUUUUUUUUUUUUUUUCCUUUUUUCUUUUUGCCGCUGGUCCAAAAUGUUUUGACUUACCAGUCCCGCCCCUCCCUGGUCCAUUUUACCUCCCCAAUCUCCGUCUUUUUCCCUGUCCCCCCCCUUUUUCCCCCCCCCCAGAAAUCCAAGGGGCGGCCAGGGGAGCCCAUAAGGGGGGGGGGGGGGAAAGGGGGGAGUUGUUUAAAGGGGGGGGAAAAGGGAAAAAGGGGGGGAAAAAAAGGGGAAUUUUUUUUUUUUUUCCCCCCCCCCCCCCCCCCCCCCCCCCCCCCCCCCCCCCUUUUUUUUUUUUUUUUUUUUUUUUUUUUUUUUUUUUUUUUUUUUUUUUUCCCCCCCCCCCCCCCCCCCCCCCCCCCCCCCCCCCCCCCUUUUUUUUUUUUUUUUUUUUUUUCCCCCCCCCCCCCCCCCCCAUUUUUUUUUUUUUUUUUUUUUUCCCCCCCCCCCCCGGGUUUUUUUUCCCCCCCCCCCCCCCCCCCCCCCCCCAAAAAAAAAACCCCCCCCCCUUUUUUUUUUUUUUUUUUUUUUUUUUUUUUUUUUUCCCCCCUUCCCCCCCAAAACCCCCGGGGGCCCCCCCCCCUUUUUUUCCCCCCCUUUUUGGGGUUUUUCCCCCCCUCCUUUUUUUUUCCCCCCCCCCCCCCUUUUUUUUUCCCCCCCUUUUUUUCCCCUUUUUUUUUUUCUUUCUUCCCCCUUUUUCUCCCUUUUCCCUUUUUCUUUCCCCUCCUUUCUUUUUUUUUCCCUUUCUUUCCCCUUUUCCUUUUCUCCCCCCUUUCUUUUUCCCCCUUUCUCUUCUCCCCUUUCUCUGUUCCCCCCUCCUUUUUUUCCCCUUUCCUCCUCCUUUUUUCCUUUCUUCUCCUCCUUUCUCUUUUCCCCCUUUCUUCCCCUUUUCCCCCCACCCCUUUCCUUUUCCCCCCCCCGGGCUCUCUCCUCCUCUCUCUCCUCCUUUCUCCUUUACUAAAUCCUUAUUUUAUUAUCCUCAAUCAGCUCUCUCUGGUAACUCUCUCUUCAUGCAACCUGCUGCUCUUCUCUUUCAUUGUAAUACUUUGACUUCCUCUUUGUUUGUCCCCUCUAUGGUUUAUUGGGUCACGGAUUUGCGAUGUGCAUCAGAGGCUGUAUCAGAGACUGCAUAAAGACUACAACAAGGUCCUGUUAUUCAUGGCACUGUGUUUCUCCUCUCAGGUGGAGCAGAAGGACCGGUGAAAGUAAAGGAUAUUGGUGAUGGUGUCUAUGAGUGUGAAUAUCUCCCUGUCCAGACGGGUAAAUACACAGUCAACAUCGCCUGGGGAGGACAGCCCAUCCCACGCAGGUGAGGACUAUACUAUCCACCAACCAGCACCUGACUCAGUUUAAGACAGACAACUUCAUAGAGGACUACUUACUUGCAAUGAUUAUGAUUUGUGGUUGUUUUUACCUACCUUAGCACUGAUCUGGAUCAGGGUAAGAUUGUUUGCUAAAUGUAAAUGGGGUGUAUACUACGGGUUUAUCUUCAUUAAAAUGUGUGUGUGUCUCCCUCAGUCCCUUUGAGGUGGAGGUGAGUGAGGAGGCUGGCCCUCAGAAGGUGAGAGCUUGGGGCCCCGGCCUGGUGACCGGCCAGGUGGGCAAGUCAGCUGACUUCGUGGUCGAGGCCAUCGGCACCGAAGUAGGAACUCUGGGUAAGUCAGGACAUGAGGGCCCUGGGGAAUUAUGGGUAAUGUAGUUGAACCAGUAGAGUAAUGGAUUAGGCACAUGACUUGUUCUUUAGAGCCACAGGUUCGCUUGGUAUUCUUACAGGUGUGAAAGGGGACAUUAACUGGAUGCCUCUUGAGUGAUUAGGAGACUAAAGUCUAAAGUUCUUCAUAUGCCCUCCUCUCUCCAGGUUUCUCUAUUGAGGGUCCGUCCCAGGCUAAGAUAGAAUGUGACGAUAAGGGUGACGGCUCCUGCGAUGUCCGCUAUUGGCCCACUGAGCCAGGUGACUACGCCGUCCAUGUCAUCUGUGAUGACGAAGACAUCAAGGACAGCCCCUUCAUGGCCCACAUCCUGCCUGCAGCCAAUGACUGCUUCCCUGAGAAGGUUAGCUCUGCCCACCACUCCAGCUAGCUCCGCCCUACAGGAGUAGUAGUCUUUAUAAAACACGAAAACACACUGAUGUGUAAAUACAACAAAUACACAAACUAACAAAUAAACUAACAUAAUAAACACCUAAAUACAUUUCUCCUCUGCAGGUGAAAGCUUUCGGUCCAGGUCUGGAGCCCACUGGGGUCAUUGUAAACAAACCGGCAGAGUUCACCAUCGAUGCCCGCGAGGCUGGCAACGGCCACCUCAAGAUCUACGCCCAGGAUACGGAGGGCGUGACCAUCGACAUUAAGAUCAGUGAUAAGGGAGACGGCACCUUCCUGUGUGUGUACGUCCCCAUCAAGCCCAUCAAACACACCAUCAUCAUCACCUGGGGAGACGUCAACGUGCCCAACAGCCCCUUCAGGGUGAGUAGGACCGACCCACUGGGCUUCGAACCCAGAUCUCCUGUGCAUUACCAGACGUCAUUAGCCUGCUGACUUAAAGCCUAGGCAUUAGGUCAGGGACGUCUCAGACAGACAAGGCCGUUACAUAAGCUCAGCCACUCUACUCUUCCUUUGGCAAGAUCACACUCCACUAGAAAUGGAUGUGAGUACUUUAGGUAGCAGCCAUAGUGCUGUGGGUCAAGUACUGUGUCUGUGUGUAUAGGUGAUAGUUGGAGAGGGCUGCCACCCAGCCAAGGUCAAGGUGUAUGGUCCAGGAGUGGAGAAGACAGGACUCAAGGCCAACGAGCCCACCUACUUCACUGUGGACUGUGCCGAGGCUGGACAAGGUACGUUUGUGUGAAUAGGAAAUACUACUGAAAAGGCUUGUUCCUGUAGAAUAACCCUUUAGGGUUCCAGGUAGAACCUUUUCACCCUUUUAGAACUCCUUUAAAACCCUUUCUUCCAUAGAGAAGGCAGUUGACCAUUGUCUUGCACUUGUUCUUGCUAAUACCAACCUAACUUUAGUGCCUGCAGCUGUAGAAGGUCAGAAAGGUAUUGAUACUGAUAGGCGCAGUAUUAUGAGAUUUCUUCAUAUGUAGAUAUAACAUUAAUGUUUAUCCAUUGACCUCCCACAGGAGAUAUCAGCAUUGGGAUCAAGUGCGCUCCAGGAGUAGUGGGUCCAGCUGAAGCUGACAUCGACUUUGACAUCAUCAAGAACGACAAUGACACCUUCACUGUCAAGUACACUCCCCCUGGCGCAGGGAAAUACACCAUCAUGGUGCUGUUCGCUGAGCAGGUAAAACUACAUUACCCAGAGUCCUUCAGUUGAGGGUUACUGUUAAUAUGUGGCUUAGCAUUACAGCUAUAAUAAUACUUCUUCUUCUAACUUCUACUUCUAAGGAUGACCCUAAUGGCACAAAAGUUAGAUCUGUGUCAGAGUUUUUAUUAAAAAGUGUACAGCAACAAAACUAUUCCAUGUUUGUGUUCCAGGAAAUCCCCAUCAGUCCAUUCAGAGUGAAGGUUGAUCCUUCCCAUGAUGCUGGAAAAGUGAGGGCUGAGGGCCCAGGACUCAACAAGACAGGCGUGGAGGUGGGUACUCCGACCCACUUCACCAUCUUCACCAAGGGAGCAGGCAAGGCCAAGCCUGAGGUCCAGUUCACAGCAGCAGGCCUGAAGGGGGAGGCUGUGAGGGACUUUGAGAUCAUCGACAACCAUGACUACUCCUACACCGUCAAGUACACCGCCGUUCGACAGGGCCAGAUGACCAUAUCCGUCACCCAUGGAGGGGACCCCAUUCCCAAGAGCCCCUUCAAUAUUACUGUGGCUCCUCCUGUAGAUCUGGGAAAGGUCAAGGUUACAGGACUGGACACCAGUAAGUUCUAAACUUUGUACACAAUAUAAAUUGAAUUCAGCUCUGCUUUGGUUGUCUUCUCAUCAAUGACUGCCUGGAGGAGUAAAUUGUGAAUAUUUAACAUAAAUUAAGUACAUUUUUGAUUGCCUUGUCUGAGACUGGACAGCUGUAAACGUGUCUAUGUUUUGUUGUUGGCGGUUGAUUUAAAUGUGUCCAUGUGGUGGUUUGGCGGUUGAUUUAAAUUUGUCCGUGUGGUGGUGUCUUAUAGAAGUAGAGGUGGGCAAGGACCAGGAGUUCUCCAUCAACACCCAGGGAGCUGGUGGGCAGGGCGAGGUAGCCGUCAAGAUGACCUCACCCUCCGGCCGACCAAUCCCCUGCAAGCUGGAGUCAGACACAGCCAAUGGCGCCCACUCUGUGAAGUACAUCCCCCCAGAGGAGGGGCCUUACAAGGUGGACGUCAGCUACGAUGGGAACCCCGUCCCUGGAUCCCCCUUCGCAGUGGAGGGAGUGAUGCCUGCUGACCCCUCAAAGGUAAAAUAGUCUAUAAAAUCAUCAGUAUUACUUUGACUGAGUGGGUAACACUUCAUUUGAAGGGUACCUACAUAAGAACUUCAUAAAACAUGAAUAACCCAUGCAUAACACAGUCAUAAGCAGUACAUGAGCAUACAACCAGACGGCUAUACUGAAGCUUAGCAGUCCAGCGGUCCUAACAUUAUGAGGCUCACUAAUUUCCAAUUCCACUCUCCCUCAGGUGCGUGCUUAUGGCCCAGGCCUGAAGGGAGGCAUUGUGGGCAAACCAGCUCCAUUCGCCAUCGACACCAAAGGAGCGGGCGCCGGCGGGCUGGGCCUGACCGUGGAGGGGCCGUGCGAGGCUAAGAUCGAGUGCCAGGACAACGGAGACGGAACCUGCUCAGUGUCCUACCUGCCCACUGAGGCUGGAGAGUACGCCAUCAACAUCCUGUUUGGAGAGCAGCACAUCCCUGGGUCUCCCUUCAAGGCGGCUGUGAAGCCAUGUCUGGACCCCAGCAAGGUACGCCUCCAAUAUGCCUAGUUGUUGAUUUAUUGAUAUGCCUAUUUGUUGUUGUACGGUUUACAGAUACACUGUCCAUGUAUUUAGGCAUUAUUAAAUCCUUUAUAUCUUCAUAUAAAAAUACAAAAAGUAUUGUAGGACAUCAAAUUUGAGAUAGUAUGUGUGUUUCUGCAUAAGUACAAAGAUGUUCAAAUAAAACUUAACUUAAACCUGAACCUGAACCUAAACCCAGACAUAAACCUAAGCCUGAACCUAAACCUAAACCAAACCUAACCCUACAGGUAACAGCCAGUGGGCCAGGCCUGGAGAAGGCCAAGGCAGGGGAACCAGCCUACUUCACAGUGGACUGCACCAGUGCUGGAGAGGCUGAGCUCACCAUUGAGAUCGUCUCUGAGUCCGGGGCUCAGGCCGAGGUCCACAUCCAGAAGACGGCAGAUGGGACCUUCUCUGUCACCUACAUCCCAUCCUUCCACGGCACGCACACCAUUACCAUCAAGUACGGGGGCCAUGUUGUACCCAAGUUCCCCGCGGUCAUCCAGGUGGAGCCGGCUGUGGACACCAGCGGACUGCAGGUCUAUGGACCAGGGGUGGAGCCCAGAGGUAAGGAGGAGGGAGUAGGGAUGGAGUGGUUCAUCUCUAGAUGCAUAUUACAGUAGUUUAUGGCAGAGACUACUAUAACUAUAGCUAAAGGCUACUACAGAUAAUGGCUACUAUGGCGAACAGCUAAACAGCUGCUCUUAGUGAAAAUGUGAGUUAGAGUUUACACGUCCUCUUCCAAUUAUAAUGUGGGGAGGUCAAUAGAAAGUUUAGAAAUAUCUACCAAAUCUAUUCAAUUUAAAAUGUUAAUUACUUCUUGCCAUUAUCAUUCACCUGAUGAUAAGACAAUACGUUAUUUUUACAUUUCUUUGCUAACAUGUAUGGGGGUCCCUGGGUUGCCGGUUUGCCUGGGAGGGGGUCCCGGGGCAAGAGAAGUGGGUCCCUGGGCAAGAGAAGGCCCCUGUAGUAUACUAUAGCUAAAGGCUAAAGGUACUAUAGCUUACUGGUAAAGGCCAUUAUAGCUAAGGCUAAGGUUACUAUUGCUCACUGCUAAAGGCUGCUAUAGCCAAGGCCAUUAUAGCUAAGGCUACUAAAAUUCACUGGCAAAGGCUACUACAUGCUAACAAUUACAGUAACUAACCAUUCUCCCUACGGUCAUCCGUGUUUAUAGGAGUCCUCAAGGAGGUCACCACCCACUUCAUCGUGGACGCCCGUAAAACGACCAAGAGCGGCGGUGACCACGUGAAAGUACGCAUCAUCAACCCUUCAGGCACCAACACGGACGCCUACAUCACAGACAAGGGAGACGGAACCUACAGAGUGGAGUACACCGCCUUCGAUGACGGUAAGAAAGAACCACCACUAUUAACCUGCUUGUUGUUGUUGUUUUAUUCCAGUCAUUUCAACAUUGUUGAUAAUGUUAGUGAAUGGAUUCUAGAGCAGAGAGAGAAAGGAUUCCAACUCAUUUCACUCCAAUAGGGGACAUGUAGCUAUACAAACCUUAGAGGAAGUCGCUGAAGAUGGAAUAGAGGGUUUUAGUUGACACACCCAGCAGGUGUUGGAGGAUCCAUUUGGGACUAGAUAGAGAGAGAACGGUAUAAAUACUGAAUGAGGCAGAGGAGAAGUGAUCUGGGUGAGGGUGAGAAAGAGAGAGAGACAGGGAGAGAGAGAGAGAGAGAGAGAGCAGAGAGAGAGACAGAGAGAGAGAGAGAGAGAGAGAGAGAGAGAGAGCAGAGAGAGAGACAGAGAGAGAGAGAGAGACAGAGAGAGAGAGAGAGAGCAGAGAGAGAGACAGAGAGAGAGAGAGAGACAGAGAGAGAGAGCAGAGAGAGAGAGAGAGCAGAGAGAGAGAGCAGAGAGAGAGGGAGAGAGAGAGAGCAGAGAAGGAGAGAGAGAGAGAGAGAGAGAGAGACAGGGAGAGAGAGAGAGAGAGAGAGAGAGAGAGAGUGAGAGAGAGAGAGAGAGAGAGAGAGCAGAGAGAGAGAGAGAGAGAGAGAGAGAGCAGAGAGAGAGACAGGGAGAGAGAGCAGAGAGAGAGACAGGGAGAGAGAGCAGAGAGAGAGAGAGAGAGCAGAGAGAGAGAGCAGAGAAGGAGAGAGAGAGAGAGUAGAGACAGAGCGAGAGAGAGAGCGAGAGAGCAGAGAGAAAGAGAGAGAGAGCGACAGAGAGACAGAGGGGCUUUAUAAAUAGAGUUAAGUUUGUCUGCAGUUUGUCUACUCUGUUCCUCUCAGAUACAGGGGUAAUGGGGUAAUGGCUAGCUGGAGGUAUUAAUAGAAGAAGCCCUGCACACAAAGCUCUCUGACUCUGAGAUCACAGAACCGUUCUGGUGUAAUAUUACAGCACUGGCCCCAGGGAAUCAGAGAUACACUGAGAGAGUUGUGUCAAGUAAAUGGUGUUACGGUAUGACGAAUGAUCAACAGAAAUGUUCUUGUUGUGUAGUCAAGAUGAUUAUCAUGUUACCAUACCCCCAAGUCUCAUUCAUCAUCUGAACGAAUGUUAGGAAGGAAGGUUCACUCAUAUCAGAAGGGUGCUGAAAAGCAUCUUAGAUAGAUAUAACUUCAUUGCCUUGCACAGUAAAACAAGCUUGGCCGUCAUACAAAAUCAUGUAUCUCUGCCAUAAAAUCAUCUGAAAUCCUGUGUAUCUGUCUAUACUAAGAGCACACAAUCAGAAUAAAACACAGUGAGAUACUGAAAUCCUCUCUGUGGUCUGUUCCAGGUAUGCACCUGAUUGAGGUGUUGUAUGAUGAUGUGGCGGUCCCUAAGAGUCCGUUCAGGGUGUCUGUAGUGGAGGGCUGUGACCCCACCCGGGUCAGGGCCUAUGGACCGGGUCUGGAGGGAGGACUCAUCAACAAACCCAACUGCUUCACCGUCGAGACCAGGUACAAUAUAAUACAACACAAUGGGACCACAGCCCUAAUCACUCACAAAUCCAAUAGAAAAUCGUAAAACAUUUAACUGUUGUACUUGUUGAUCAUGAUCAUGAUCGUCGUAUUAAUUUGUGUUGUUUUACCCACUUCAGUUUAACUGCACUGAUUGUUAUUCGUCUGCUAAAUGACUAAAAUGUAAAUAUAAUUAUAAACUGGGUGGUUCGAGCCCUGAAUGCUGAUUGGCUGAAAGCCGUGGUAUAUCAGACCGUAUACCAUGGGUAUGACAAAACACUUAUUUUUACUGCACUAAUUAUGUUGGUAAACAGUUUAUAAUAGCAACAAGGCACCUCUGGGGUUUGUGAUAUAUGGCCAAUAUACCACGGCUAAGGGCUGUGUACAGGCACUCCGCGUUGCGUCGUGCGGAGGAACAGCCCUUAGGCCAUAUACCACACCCCCCUCGGGCCUUGUUGGUUAAAUAACUCCUCCAAUUCCUCCAAUAGUAAGACAGCCUUUAUAACAGCACCUUUCCUUUGAAAGCAGUGUAACAGAUGUGAAAUGUGAUGUGUGUGUUCUCUAGGGGUGCUGGUACUGGAGGCCUGGGUCUAACCAUCGAGGGAGCAUCUGAGGCUAAGAUGACCUGUAAAGACAACAAAGAUGGCAGCUGCAGCGUAGAGUACGUUCCCUUCACACCUGGAGAGUACGACGUCAACAUCAACUUCGGAGGACACCCCAUUCCAGGUAAUGUGUCAUACACACACACACACACACACACACACACACACACACACACACACACACACACACACACACACACACACACACACACACACACACACACACACACACACACACACACACACACACACACACACACACACACACACACACACACACACACACACACACACACACACACACACACACACUGGGUGGUGGGUAGGCUAGAGGUUACAGAGGUGGGCCAGCAAUCGGAAGGUCAUCGGUUCAAAUCCCAGGUCCGAUGGGGAAAAGAUCUGUUGGGGUUUGACCGGAGGGUUGCUAGAAGCAGAAUCAUCAUGGUACAUCUCUCUCUCUCUCUCCUCCCACUGUAAAAGCUGACCGUACGGUGUCUCUGUCUGUGUCCCUGCAGGCAGUCCGUUCCGUGUGCCAGUGAAGGACGUGGUGGACCCCAGCAGGGUGAAGUGUUCAGGUCCUGGGUUGGGUGAUGGAGUCAGAGCCCACAUACCUCAGGCCUUUACAGUGGACGCUACCCAGGCUGGAAAGGCAAAAGUGGAAGUACAGCUAACAGGACCAUCAGGUGAGAGCACACACGCAGAAACAAUACAGUACUUUAUUGUCCAUUUGCAAUAAAGUAUUCACACACAAACACCCCCCCCCCCCCCACACCCCCACAAACACAUACACACACAUAUUUUCAUACACACACACUUAUUUGAAUGUAAUUUCUUGUCCAUAGGUUCUGCUGAGCCUGUAGCUGUGAAGAACAAUGGUGAUGGUACACACACAGUCAACUACACCCCAGCUCAGGACGGACCUUACACUGUGUCUGUCAAAUACGGAGAUCAGGAGGUACCUCGCAGGUGAGACAGACUGGCCACUGGAUUCAACAGAAACACUUUAAAACCCUGUAAUACACAUAUUUACUUUUCUGUAGAAAUGUCAUACAUUUUCAAUAGGAUCAUGACAUAAUAUUGUAUUUUUUUUAUUUAUCUCUCUCUCUCUCUCUCUCUCUCUCUCUCUCUCUCUCUCUCUCUCUCUCUCUCUCUCUCUCUCUCUCUCUCUCUCUCUCUCUCUCUCUUCUCUCUCUCCAUCCACAGUCCAUUCAAGGUGAGGUCCCAGCCUGGUCAUGAUGCCAGUAAGGUGCGUGCCAGCGGUCCAGGUCUGGAUAAGUCAGGUGUGGCCGCCAGCCUGCCAGUGGAGUUCACCAUCGAUGCCCGCGACGCAGGAGAGGGACUGCUCACUGUACAGAUACUGGUGAGUACAACAACUUCCUCCACACACAGGAAAUACAAUAUCUAGAACCUAAAAGGGUUCUUCGGCUUUCCACAUAGGAGAAGCCUUUGAAGAACCCUUUUUUUUUCUACCUGGAACCAAAAAGGGUUCUCCUAUGGGGACAGCCAAAGAACCCUUUUGGAAGCCUUUUUUCUAAGAGUGUAGAGCUGUUUUUAAUGGCUCAGUAGGUUAGACAAUGGCAUCAUCAGGGUUGUGGGUUCGACUCCCGCAUGGGCCACAUAAUACUGAAUAUAUCUGUCAAUGUUGACAGUUCUGUAAUCCGCUUUGGUUAUAUAAAAGGUUCUGCUAAAUAACAAUACUAAUAUGACAUCUUCUUCCCUGUCUAGGAUCCUGAGGGCAAGCCAAAGAAGGCCACUAUCCAUGACAACAGGGAUGGGACAUACACAGUGUCCUACGUACCAGACUCCACCGGCCCCUACACCAUCACCAUCAAGUAUGGAGGAGAUGAGAUCCCCUACUCCCCCUACCGCAUCUCAGCUCUGCCCACUGGAGACGCCAGCAAGUGUCUGCUUACUGGUACGUCUAGUCCUCUCUUCGCUAGACGAUGAUGCCAAAUCUGAGAUGUUUUUCCAGUCGUGUGAUCCUUUCUCUGUCUUUACUUCCCAGUGGCUAUAGGAGGCCGUGCCCUGGCGUCAGGUCUGACCAAGAUGCAGGUGCACGAGGAGACCGUCGUCUCCGUUGACGCAAAGGCUGCAGGAAAGGGCAAGGUGACCUGUUCGGUGACGACCCCAGCGGGGGUGGAGCUAGACAUGGACGUGCAGGAGAAUCGUGACGGAACCUACGACAUCUACUACACGGCUCCGGAACCUGGGAAAUACGUCAUCACCAUCCGCUUCGGAGGACAACACAUCCCCAAGAGCCCCUUCCAUGUAACGGUGAGGACUACUGUUAACAUGGCAUUGAAGUUAGAUUUGUAUGUUGAAUGGAUAUAGCUUGAUAUAAUCACUAAUACAUGAGUGCUGGUACAUAACUAUCUACCAGGGUUAGGGUUGGUUCUAUUUGAAGUGGAUGAAUGCAGCUGAAUUGAGUCCACCCUGCAGUCUACACAUUGCAUUGAAGUUUUAGUGGAAAGGGGAUUUUCAGGUGAAAAAAAGAGACGAUAGUCAAUCAUAAAACAAGUUGCAACAAGGAGACACAUCCAGCAUAGAGAGGUAAUGUUGUAACAGGCCUCCUCAGAGAAGACCCUUAUAUCCUCUAUUAGGCAGUGACCUUAGCCAAGUAUAACAUCAGCACUUAAACAGGUCAAAGGUCUGUUUAGUCAGUUACAACAGAUCCUUAUAGUCAUCAUUAGUCAGUUACAACAGAUCGUUAUAGUCAUCAUUAGUCAGUUACAACAGAUCGUUAUAGUCAUCAUUAGUCAGUUACAACAGAUCGUUAUAGUCAUCAUUAGUCAGUUACAACAGAUCGUUAUAGUCAUCAUUAGUCAGUUACAACAGAUCGUUAUAGUCAUCAUUAGUCAGUUACAACAGAUCGUUAUAGUCAUCAUUAGUCAGUUACAACAGAUCGUUAUAGUCAUCAUUAGUCAGUUACAACAGAUCGUUAUAGUCAUCAUUAGUCAGUUACAACAGAUCCUUAUAGUCAUCAUUAGUCAGUUACAACAGAUCAUUAUAGACUAACGGGUGAAAGUGACUUCCCCAAACAUGGCAUUAAUGUGAUGUUAGCAUGGAGUUAACAUGGUUAUCUCUGGUUUCCCCUCCCAGGCCCCUGUCAGCAUCUCCCUGCUCAUACAAAUAGCUUUUUUACAUAUCAUUAAUAAUCAAUACAACAGUAGAUAACAUAAUUAAAUACAGGACAAUAAUGAAUCAAAUCAUUUCCCAUUUCAUGUAGUUACUGUAAAAUAGUUGAACGUACGCAGCUUCAGCUAGAUAUACAGUAGCUACUUACAGUAGAUUCAGUAUGAUGACUGUAUUUCUCUUUUUCUCCCAAUAGGCCACCAAGGAGCCUGUUGUCCCUAGCGACGGCAUGGAUCAGUUCCGGCCUCUCAACCUGGUCAUCCCAUUCACCGUUCAGCAGGGACCGAUCACAGGUACAGGGACUUUAUUCUGUACUGACAAUCAAUAGCACACACACACACACACACACACACAUAAAUCAGUAGAACACAGAUAAACCCUUUUCACACUACUGAGCUCAACUGAACCAUGCUGUAAAGAACAGUGUGAAAGGAAAUAUCUCAGCCAGCAUAGUAUGGUCCGGGUCAGCAUGAUCGUGUUAAAAGGGCAAUACAUUGACUCACUGCUACACUACACACACACACUCAUGAAAUAUAAUUUGUAUUAUUUUUAUUUAAGUCAUUUAGCAGACGCUCUUAUCCAGAGCAAUUAGGGUUAAGUGCCUUGCUCAAGGGCACAUCGACAGAUUUUUCACCUAGUCGGCUCGGGGAUUAGAACCAGCGACCUUUCGGUUACUGGCACAACGCUCUUAACCACUAAGCUACCUGUAUCUUUCCCAGGUGAGGUGCGUAUGCCCUCCGGUAAGACGGCCCGUCCCCACAUCACAGACAACAAGGAUGGGACCAUCACAGUCAAGUUCAACCCUACUGAGAAGGGUCUGCAUGAGAUGGACAUCAAGUAUGAAGGAAACCACAUCCCAGGUACGACUGUGUCUGUCAUAACCAGUGGGGAAAACACAUUGUGUUAGCCUGUCUUCAAACUAAACCAGGGCUCAAUGUAUGCAGUUAUGCUCAAUUAAGAGACUUUCUUAUUUUAUUUUUGGUAUAUCUUUUUUUUUACCUCAGGUGUAUCAACAGGCAUAUUUACAUAUAUACAUUUUAAAUAAACAUUGAUGAACAUUGAACAAACUAUUUUCUGAUGGCCCAUCCCUCCAUGAUCUCUCUCCCCUACAGGAAGUCCCCUCCAGUUCUAUGUAGAUGCUUUAAACAGUGGUCUGGUGACAGCAUACGGACCUGGACUGUGUCACGGCAUCGUCAACAAACCCGCCACCUUUACCGUCGUCACCAAGAAUGCUGGAGAAGGUACUACUUUUUCUUGCUGUUCUACAAUGAUGAUCUUCUAUAUUCACAAUAAUACGAGAACAUUUUGUCCAUUAUAUUUGGUUUAGACAGUUCAGUAAAACCCCUCUAAAAAUGUUACAUUUUCUGGAGAAAGAAAAAACGGUGUACUUCAACUCUAAAAAUACUUUUCAUGGCUGAGGAAUAGGUUUGAAUUGUUAGAGGCAAAUGUAGAAUUCAGGCUGAACAGAAGCUAACCCCUCCUGCUCUCUCUCUCCCUCCCAGGUGGUCUGUCCCUGGCUGUGGAGGGUCCCUCUAAGGCAGAGAUCACCUGUAAGGAUAAUAAGGAUGGUACCUGUACUGUGUCCUACCUGCCCACCUCACCAGGAGACUACAACAUCAUCGUCAAGUUUGACAACAAACACAUCCCUGGCAGUCCCUUCACUGCUAAGAUCACUGGUGAGUGGAAUAAAGUGUAUAGAAAUAACUGGACACAAUGUUGGUAAUUGGUUAGAGAAGUGACUCAUAUUACCUCUUAGAAUUUGACAGAUCAUAGGAUAAUGUAAAUUCAUCCAAAUACAAUUUCUAACAUUCAGAGCACAGUGGUUGAUCGCCAUUUUUAAAUGGUUAAUAAAUGCUUAGUAAAUGGUGUAUUAUAUGGUUUGUAAUGGUCAGUAAAUGUUAGGUUAAUGGUUUACUAAAUGUUUUAUUGUCCAGGUGAUGACUCUAUCAGGACGUCCCUGCUCAACGUGGGGACAGCAGCAGAUCUGUCACUGAAGAUCACAGAGUCUGACCUGAGCCUGCUGACGGCUAGCAUCAGAGCUCCAUCCGGCAACGAGGAGCCCUGUCUGCUCAAGAGACUGCCCAACAGACACAUCGGUGAGCCACUAGCCGAGCCUGGGGAUGUACAAAGAUGUUUGGGCCAUUGGUGUAGAAUACAUGCUUUGGUUUCCUGAGUGUACUCUGAAGUAGCCUGGAUGCAUGCUGCAUUGUUCCGUUUUCACGUCACUAGUUCGGUCUGGCCAUCUUGUUUUGUGCCUAGUUGUUUUGUUUGGAUUUUUCCCAGAUGAUUCACUCCUCUCUUCCAUCCCUCCGUCUGCAGGUAUCUCCUUCACCCCUAAGGAGGUGGGAGAGCACGAGGUGAGCGUGAAGAAGAGCGGUAAGCACGUGACCAACAGCCCCUUCAAGAUCCAGGUUGGCCAGUCAGAGAUUGGCGAGGCCAGCCGGGUCAAGGCCUUCGGUAAAGGACUGGUGGAGGCCCACACAUUUGAAAUGGCUGAGUUCUUUGUGGACACUAGGAAUGCCGGUAAGACUAGGAACAUUGUUUAUGUGGAUGUCUUUUAGCCCACCUUGAGGGCUUAUUCUACUCAUAGUAGCCAAGUUUGUCCACAGAUAAAAUGCUCUUUCUCCUGCCUACCGCCUUACUCUCUGUCCCAGAUCUUCGCUCUCUCUCUCCUCAUCCUAACGACGUCUCUCCGCUCUAAUAUAGAGCCGCUACUCCAGAUCUCUCUUCCUCGAUCCACCACCACCCACACUCCCCUUCCCUUCCCUCCCAUCUCUCUCUCCUCUCUCGUCUCCCACCCCACCCCUCCCUCCCCCUUUCUCUCCCCUCUUUCUCUCAGGUUAUGGUGGUCUGGGGUUGUCUGUGGAGGGUCCGAGUAAAGUGGAUAUUAACUGUGAGGAUGUGGAGGAUGGGACGUGCAGAGUCAGUUACUGCCCCACAGAGCCAGGCAACUACAUCAUCAACAUCAAGUUCUCUGACAAGCACAUCCCUGGUUAGUGGCUUUACUGUACUUCAGUUUUCUAUAUAUGGAAAUAUGACUGUAUCAAAAUGUGUAAAAUCAGCAAAUGAACUUGGUUUAGGUGAGGUUGUAUUUCAUUAUAGAACAACAUUGUCAGUCACUGUUACCUGUGAUUUUUUUCUGCAUGAUUGAGAGGGCUAUUCCAGUUUCACACCUCUCUCAUUGGCUGAUACACUACUCCCUGACCUCUCUGAUUGGCUGUUGCUGGUAUUCCCUGAUAGGGUUGGGCCGUAUCCAGAUGUUCAUACUGUCAUACUGUUUCUGUACCGUACCGGGGUAUACAGUAUUACCGGAAGUGCACACAAGGGCCGCUAAUUUUUUUAACGCACAAAACUGUAUAUUGCCCAAGCCUACCUCUGAUUGGCUGCUCCUCUGCCCCUACAGGAAGUCCUUUCACAGUGAAGGUGACAGGAGAAGGAAGGAUGAAGGAGAGCAUCACCAGGAAGAGAACUGCCCCCUCCAUCGCCUCUGUUGGCAGCGCCUGUGGCCUCAACCUCAAAAUCCCUGGUGAGCACAGCCUAAACAUGAUCACAGUGUGAUAUUACUGUAAUGGUCCUGUCAUGGUCCUGUCAUGGUCCUGUCAUGGUCCUGUCAUGGUCCUGUCAUGGUCCUGUCAUGGUCCUGUCAUGGUCCUGUCAUGGUGCUGUCAUGGUCCGUCAUGGUCCUGUCAUGGGGGCUGUCAUGGUCCUGUCAUGGUCCUGUCAUGGUGCUGUCAUGGUCUGUCAUGGUCCUGUCAUGGUCCUGUCAUGGUCUGUCAUGGUGCUGUCAUGGUCCUGUCAUGGUGCUGUCAUGGUCCUGUCAUGGUCUGUCAUGGUCCUGUCAUGGUCCUGUCAUGGUGCUGUCAUGGUCCUGUCAUGGUCCUGUCAUGGUGCUGUCAUGGUGCUGUCAUGGUCCUGUCAUGGUCCUGUCAUGGUCCUGUCAUGGUGCUGUCAUGGUCCUGUCAUGGUCCUGUCAUGGUGCUGUCAUGGUCCUGUCAUGGUCUUUCCUGUCAUGGUCCUGUCAUGGUCCUGUCAUGGUCCUGUCAUGGUCCUGUCAUGGUCCUGUCAUGGUCCUGUCAUGGUCCUGUCAUGGUGCUGUCAUGGUGCUGUCAUGGUCCUGUCAUGGUCCUGUCAUGGUCCUGUCAUGGUCCUGUCAUGGUGCUGUCAUGGUCCUGUCAUGGUGCUGUCAUGGUCCUGUCAUGGUCCUUCCUGUCAUGGUGCUGAAGUACCCCACAUUGCUGUGUUGAUAUCAUCUAUAGAAUGACAGCAAUGGUGGUUCUUAAUCCUAUCAAUCGACUCUCUAUCAACUUUCAUACAGCUAUGCGUUAGCUAGCUUAAAAGCUAAGCUAGCUAGCGUGAGUCUUCAAGUACUGCUUGCGUCUAAGACUAACCAAACACUAACCCUCCAUGCUCUCUCUCCACCAAUAGGAAACUGGUUCCAGAUGGUGUCAGCCCAGGAGAGAAUGACUCGCACGUUCACAUGCAGCAGCCACACGUACACGCGCACGGAGCGCACAGAGAUCAGCAAGAUGCGGGGCGGAGAGACGAAGAGGGAGGUGAGGGUAGAGGAGAGCACCCAGAUGGGAGGAGCAGGAGGAGGCAGUCCCUUCAGAGAUGUAUUUGGAGACUUCCUGGGCAGAGAGAGUCUGGCUAGCUUCGCUGGGAUACCUGCUACAGCCACACCAACACCUGGUGAGAAUGAAUGAAGGAAUAAUACGACUUACACUUGGCCCUGUUGCACUUGUUCUUCCUUUAGUCUCAACAGCACUGAUUUGGUACAGUAGCAGCUCGUUUCUAGAAGGUUUGUUUUACUUACUUUAGUUGAAUGCAUGGAAUGUAAGUCUCUCCGGAUAAGAGUAGAAAUAUAGGAUUGUAGAUGAAAAGCAACACGCCUCCCAGCCUGUCUGACUCCUCCCCUCCUCCCUCCCCUCCUCCCUCCCCUCCUCCCUCCCCUCUCCUCCAGGUGAGACAGUUACCCCAGGUAGUAUGACGGCCCAGGUGACCAGCCCCGGGGGUAAAACAGAACAGGCAGAGAUCGUAGAUGGAGGGGACAGCACCUACAGCGUCCGCUUCGUACCCCAGGAGAUGGGGUCCCACACGGUCAACGUGAAGUACAGCGGGCAGCAUGUCCCCGGAAGCCCCUUCCAGUUCACUGUGGGGCCCAUGGGAGAAGGAGGGUCCCACAGGGUCCGGUCCGGAGGCUCUGGGCUGGAGAGAGGAGUGGCAGGAGAACCAGGUAAGUAGUUUGACCUGACCGCAUGUGUCUCGCUGAAAAAUAACCCUGUUAAUUGAUGUACUUGUCUUUUACUUUACUCUUAACAACACUCAUUUUGCAGAUAGCGACUAUUUUGAAGAAUGUUUAACUUUCAAUAAGUGAUUUUUUAAAAAACUUGCAUUAGUUGAACGUGUUUAUUACUUUAGUGAACAACUUUACGUCUGUGUGUUGAUUCUCUCUAUCUCUCUAUAUCUCUAUGUUAUUUAUAGCUAUUAUUAUACUAUUGUAUUAUCUGUUUCUUCUAUAAUAUAUUCUAUCUCUUCUGGUCCUCUUGUAUCUAUAUCUCUCUCUAUCUAUCUUCUCUCUAUCUGUCUAUCUGUAUCUCCUCUUUCUCUCUCUCUCUCUCUCUCUCUCUCUCUCUCUCUCUCUCGUCUCUCUCUCUGUCCUCUCUCUCUCUCUUCUCUCCUCUCUCUCUCUCUUCUCUCUUUCUCUCUCUCUUCUUUUCUCCCCUCCCUUUUUUAUCUCCCCCCUACUCAGGAAAUUUCCAUCGCUUUUAGGGGGACCCGUGGCUGAAAUCUUUUGAAAAGGGGGUGUCCUGUGGGGGGGCCUACUUUUCAGGACCGGAGAUAGAGUACCCCAUCUCGCCCCCUCUAACCCCCCACCCAUCUCCCCCAUUCCCCCUCCAAAUUUCCAAAACAACCCCACUAAAAACCCCAAUACCCACAACCCAUCUUCCAAAACUAACCCCCUUACCCCAAAACUUCCCCAUUACCCCCCUGCCCCCAUUAACCCCCAAACCCCAUCUAAAACCCCAUCUCCCCAUUAACCCCCAUUCACCCCCAUUUAACCCCAUCAGCCCCACUUCCCAAAAUUCCCCCAACCCCUCUUCCCCAUCCCGCCCUUACUAAACCCCCCCCUACCCCAUCAAUCCCCAAAUCCCCUCAACCCAUUACCCCUCUCCCUUUUCCCAUUAACCCCCCCCUUUCUCACACAAUCUAACCCAAUCUAGACACAUCUAAUCCCAUAGAUCCCAUCUAAAACCCGAUCUAUCCCCAGUACUAACCCCAUCUACCCCAUCUAACCCCAUCUAUCCCCAUCUAACCCCAUCUAACCCCAUCUAGCCCCAUAUACCCCAUCAACCCUAUCUAGCCCAUCUAACCCAUCACCCCAUCUAAGCCACAUCGACCCCAUCUAGCCCAAUCUAGCCCCAUCUAGCUCUAAGGAUCAACAAUAGGACAAUAUAUACAGUAGGCUAGGCAGUAGCUGCGCUAAGAAGCUACAUAGCGCUAAGAACCUACAUAGCGCUAAGAAGCUACAUAGCACUAAGAAGCUACAUAGCACUAAAGCUAAUAGCAUAACAUACUAGCAACUUAAGAAAUCUACAUACUUUAGUAGGCUAGGCAAGGUGGUAGUAUUUUCCACAGUAUAUCAGAGAAACUGAGAAGCUGUCAUAUAUGGCAGAGACAAUGACAGCUAUUGAUCUGAUCGUACUGAACUGACAUAUUGUUUUGUGGUAUUUACACCAUGUCUUCCUUCUUCCCUACUCUUACAUGUGAAUCAUCUAACCCCCUGGUUCCUCUCUGUUUGUGUCCCCAGGUGACUAUGAAGUGUCUAUCAAGUUCAACAACGAGCACAUCCCCGACAGCCCCUUCAUCGUUCCCAUAGCAACGCUGUCUGACGAGGCACGCAGACUCACCGUCACCAGCCUGCAGGUAGGAACACACACACACACACACACACACACGCACACACACACACACACACACACACACACACACACACAGAGGAAUACACUGAAUUACAUGUCUUUGUUGGAACACUCCUCACAAGGCCAUCAUUUGGGACCGGCUACAGGAUCUGAGGCAUUUGACACCAGUUCCUACUUCACAGUAGCGCCGAUUUUCUGAAAUGCCUUUUUUAACAUGUGAACUUUCAUGUGCCUUAAUUACAAACUGGUAUGGGAUCUGUUAAUAUGAAUACAAAAUAUAAAUUAUGAGGCUAGUUUAGCCAAGGAGAAAAAGCACUGAGCUAUAUAGGUAGAAAGACAGGUUCCUUCCUGACUAGUCAUGAUUGGCUGAGGUAAUGGAGGAGUUGGACAUGAGAUGAGAUGAGUCCUGAUUGGUCUGUCAUGUCACAGGCUUCUGUCUAUAACAAAAUGGGGACUUCCCUGGUCAGUAUUUAGAGUUUUGGAAAGAUACAAUAUAGCUAAAAUGUUAUUUAUAUGGAGGAUACAAUCUUCCCAGCUCUGCAGAUUCUGCUGCGAAGAGACAGAAUCAUUAGAUAAUUUGUUUUGGUACUGUCCAUUUGUAGCUUGUUUUUGGUCACAGGUCCAGGAAUGGCUGAAGGAUUGCAAUAUUUACCUGGAGCUAACCCUGCAGAUAGCAUUACUGGGUGAUCUGAAAAGUCAUAGUCAAUCGAUCAAUAAUAUAAUAAUACUUUUAGCAAAAAAAUUUUAUUUUCAAUUUACAAUCUGUAGAAACAAUGAGAAUAGAAAGGUUCAGAACUUUUGUGAAACAUCACAGUACAGUUGAGAAAUAUAUGGAAAAUAGAAAUCCAAUAUGGAUGGUGUUAAGAGAUAGAUGGGAGGUGUUGAAUGGUGUUGAGGUGUUGAAUGGAGUUGAAGGAUGGGACUAAUAACAACUAACAACAACUAAUAACAACAAGAUAACUAUAAUAAUAAUAAUAUGAAUAUGAAUAUGAAUAUGCCAUUUAGCAGACGCUUUUAUCCAAAGCGACUUACAGUCAUGCGUGCAUACAUUUUAAACUAAUAAUGUAAGCAUACUGCGUCCAUAAUAUUAAUAAGUAUAUAGGUUGUAGGUUGGGAGCUUUUGUGAAAGAGCACAGUUAGAAAGACAUUGCAUAUAGAAGCAAACCAGAUGGACAUCAUGAAAAUGAUCUGAGAGGUUGAGAGUAGAGGAAGUUCAGGAGUAAAAACAAACUAAAUAUAAUUAUUGUAAAAUUGACUGUGUCCAUAAAAUGUAUAUAGUAUGUGUAAGCUGGAAGUAGAGGCCUAAGCGUUGUUGUUCACUAGUUUACUCCAAUUAGGGAAGGGGUGGUGGGGUUGGAAAGUAAUAAAGGGGAAUAUAUAUAUUUUUAAAGGAUAUGUAUAUAUAUGUAUGUAUAUGUAUUUAUCUGUAUGUAUGUGUAUAUGUAUAUAUAUAUUUGCGAGAGAAAAAAAAAACAUAUUGGAAGUGAUGCAGAGAAUUACAUUGAUGGAAGUUACAAUCUAUCUGCAAUAUUAAAGCUGAUCUCCCCCCCCAAAAAAUUAAUAAAAUAAAAAAUAAUAAUAAUAAUAAAAACAUAAUAAAAUAAAAAAAGAUAGAAUAUAGCUUUGGACAACUGCAAAAGUGUUGCUACGGCUCAAAAUCAAAAACAUUGCUUCCCUGAAUUUAGCUGUGUUUAAGUAGACAGAGUACUUUCUGGAGGACAAUGCCAUGUUGACUCCCAUGUCUGGGUGGGAGGGGCUAAGGCUUAACAGAUGGGUGGGGCUAAGGCUCAAGAGGGUGUGAACGAUGCUGUAAUGGACAUAAACAAGGAAGAGCUCUCUAGGAAGUGUGAAAAUCUCAUCAAAAUCUUUCAAAGGGCAUUUUCUCAUACUUGUCUCUUAAGUGGGAUACCAAGUUUAUCAACUUUUCAAGCAGCAUAACUUUCCCAUGUCAUAAAAUGCAAAACUACAUACAUUUAUACAUAAAUACAUUUGAUAUAAGCCUCAAUAGAGAAAUAGAGACACAUUUAGCAUAACAAUAGUUGUUUGUUGGUCAGGUUUAUACCAUAGAUUUAUUUGUCCUUAGAAGUGAAGCCAGAGGCGAGUGGGCUGUAGCAGUAACCAAGGCAACAUUGUUGUGUUGUUUAGUGGUGAGUGAGAGGGGAUGAGAGGGAUCAACUGUCCCUUCUCCAAUAGUGGGGUCAUGGUGGGGUCAUGGUGUCUGCUAGGGUCGGACAACUGGCCAGGGGUAUCAUCCCCCACAGGGACACACAUAAACACCUCCCUCUUAAACACUCUCAUCCUCAGAUAUCCCUCUCCUCAGAUAUCUCUCUCAGAUAUCUCUCUCCUCAGAUAUCCCUCUCCUCAUCUCCUUAUUCUUGUUUCAUGCACAAGACAAACACACACACACACAUUCUGUCUCACACACACAACACGUUCUGUCUCACACACGUUCUGUCUCAUGCACAAGACACACACACACACGUUCUGUCUCACACACAACACGUUCUGUCUCACACACAACACGUUCUGUCUCACCUACAACACAUUCUGUCUCACACACACGUUCUGUCUCACACACACACGUUCCGUCUCACACACACAUUCUGUCUCAUCCACAAGACACUCAUACACUCAUACACACACACACACACAAAGCUUACAGGUCCUGGACCCUGUUUCUUCUCUCUUCUCCUCUCUCUCUAUCUUCUCCGCUCUUCGCUCUUCUCUGCUCUCUCUAUCUCUCUCUUCCUUCUCCUCCCGGGCCCCUUUUUCGUUCCAUCCCCCCCCUCCUCCUUGGGUGUUCCUCCCCCAGGGGACGGGAAAAAACCCGUCAACAACCGGCCCCGGGGCAAAAGAGGGGGAACCCCCGGGUAGGGGGUGUCACGUCACCGGGAAGGAAGAAAAAAAAAAAAAAACCGAAGGAAAAAGGGAAGCCCCCCCCCCCCCCCCCUUUUUUCCCCCCCCCCCAAAACCCUCCCCCCCCCCUCCUCUCCCCAUCCCCGGGGGCCCCUUUUUCCCCCCCUUCCCCCCAAGGGGCCCCUCCUCUCAUUCUCCAUUCUCCCCCUCUUCUCUCUCCUCUUCCCUCUAUCUUCUCUUAUCCAUGCUUCCUCCUGGUCUUAACGGCCCCCCUUAGCCCCCUUUCAAAUUUUACCGACAACCUCGUCCCUCCUUCCGGGGAAAGGGGUUUUAGGUUACGGGAAAAACCUUUCUUUUCCCCUCCCGCCAGGGGCGACCCCUCGCUCCUCACCAGGAGGGGGUGCGUCUUCGCUUCCAGCGUAAGCGGGCGAGGGGCGUGGUCGUGCUAAGGUCCACACCCCCUCUGGCUCAGCUGAGGAGGUUACGUCACCGAGCUGGACAGUGGUAAGAUAACCCUAACUUUACACACAUACCAGUCCAUACAAAUAGAGGGAGGGGAGAGGUGAGCCUCCGUAUCACCGAAAGAGAGAGAGAAGAGCAAGAAGAGAGAGAUGGAAGAGGAGAGAGAAGAGACGAGAAGGAAGAGAGAGAAGAGAAGAAGAGAAGAGAAGAAGGAGGCCGAGGAGAGGAGAGAGAGGAGCUAGGAGAGGAGGGCGGAGAGGGAGAGUAGAGGAGGACGGACGCGUCCGAGCGUAGAGCGGAAGUCCUCCUAAUCUCUAUCCUCUUCUCUUCUCUCUUCUCUUCUCUUCUCUUCUCUUCUCUCCUUCUUAUAACUCCACUAUUAUCCACAGACAAGAACGCGAUCCGCUUCAUUCCACGUGAGAACGGCGUGCACUCCAUCGACGUCAAGUUCAACGGCAGUCACAUCCCCGGUAGCCCGUUCAACGUGCGGGUGGGGGAGGCAGGACAGGCUGGAGACCCAGGCUUGGUGACAGCAUACGGGCCUGGACUGGAGGGAGGAUCCACAGGUACACACUCCUUAUCUCUUCUCAUUGUCUUCUUCUCACUCCAGCUUUACAGAGGAAACCCAGACUUUCAACAAAUGUUGUACUGUGAAAGGUGAUGUUGUAUACUAGAAUAAGAAGGGGGUUGGAAGCCAGGAUCAACCAUGGUGCAGUUUAGGCUGAGAUCUCAUUUGAAGACAGGAAGGAUGGAUCCUGUGGGGUGGCCUUGGUCAAUGCCUUGGUCAAAGGCACAACAGCAGGAGAUGGCAUCUAGGAUAACUGGAACACAAUAUAUACUGUACAUGCACUGUGAAUGUGAGGUGGGUCUCCUGACCAUCUGUCUCUCUCUCUCGCUCUCUCUCUCUAGGCGUGGCCUCUGAGUUCGUAGUGAACACGUGUAACGCGGGGUCAGGUGCCCUGUCUGUGACCAUUGAUGGCCCCUCUAAGGUCAAGAUGGACUGUUCUGAAUGCCCCGAUGGCUACAAGGUUAUCUACACUCCCAUGGCCCCCGGCAGCUAUCUCAUCAACAUCAAAUACGGAGGACCCAACCACAUAGUGGGCAGCCCCUUCAAAGCCAAAGUCACAGGUGUGUGGUGUAACGUGUGCGACUUGCAUGUGUGUGAUAUGUGUAGCUUGAAUGCCAGAUCUUGAUGAAAAGGAUGCUUUAUGUAUUUGUUAUGAAACGAGACGAGGGUUGCAAUAGGAGGGUAUAUUACUGGUAUCUUUCUGAGUUUACCAGUAAACUGCCAGAAUUUUGGUAUCUUUCAAGGAUUUUAUGUAAUCUAUCACAAGACAUCUAGUGGCCCGUUUGGGUACUUCAGAUUAUCACAGGUGUCUGUAAUUAUCUCUGUCCUUAUCGCAUGUAAAAUAUAGGAAAUAGUUCAAUAAGAUGAUUUUCUAGUUAAAAUUUAAUGACAACCGCUGUAAAACAGUAUCCUAAAUAUAAACCAUCAACGUAGUGAAAACCAUUGGUGUUUAAUAUGAGGGGUUUCAACAUGAAAUAUCCUAUUAUUAUUAUUUUUUUUACACUUUUAUUUGACUAUGUCAGUAUGUAUUUGUUGUCAAUGUUUUGGUGUCAAACUGGUGGCAGUUGUGAAAAAAGUCCAUAGUUGGAAUAGUUUCAGAGGUUUGGAAAAUAAUGCCAUUGUUGAUUAGAUGCUUUUUUCAUUAAUUAGGCUAUUUUCUCUUGAACCAUAUGGUCUAUCUACUAGAAACUCAUGGACAAUAUGGACAGAGAUAUAAAAAAUGAAUACUAUAUGAAUAUCUUUUUUACAAUUAUUAUUCAAGUAUAAAUUACCAAAGUUCAGAUAGAUUGCCAUCGAUUUUGCGUUAAUUACCAAAAUGACUGAAUAUUCCAAGAACUUUGGUAAACUACCGGUUCCUUUGCUACCCUAAACGAGACACUCUCUGAAAAGUUAGAAGUUCCUAGAAAUGUUGUUAUAAAUACUUAGUAAAUUAAUACUAAAUACUGAAAUGUUACAUAAAUAAUAAAUGUUAUAUCAAUCUGUUUACUCUCAUCGGGAUUGUAGAAUUAGUAGUCAUGGACUACAAUGCUGAAGGCUAAUCAAUUCUCAAAAACACUGGCAAAAUGCAGCUAGAUUGUUGUUGUAAAGUUACAGAGUACUAGCACUCUUAGCUAGCUGUAUGAAGAUGGGGAAUCCUGUCCCACCCUCUCAUAAGAAACCCCCAUCCAUGGUGUUUUUGUCUAGUGUUUGUGUCGGUAUUGAGGAGGGGAGGUGUUAGGUUAUGUAAUGUCUGGUUUGAGUCGUGACUGCAGUUCUUUUAUAACAUGUCUGUCUCUCUCUCUCUCUCUCUCUCUCUCUCUCUCUAUCUCUCUCUCUCUCUCUCUCUCUCUCUCUCUCUCUCUCUCUCUCUCUCUCUCUGUCUCUCUCUCUCUCUCUCUCCUCUCUCUCUCUCUCUCUCUACCUCUCCUCUCUCAGGUACUCGUCUGUCCGGUGGUCAUAGCCUUCAUGAGACGUCCUCUGUGCUGGUAGAGACGGUCACUAAGACUUCCAAGGUGGCCGGAGCGUACAGCUCCUCAUCGUCCUCAUCCAAACUGACCUCAGAUGCCAGCAAGGUGGUGUGUCGAGGCGCAGGGCUCUCCAAGGCUCUGGUCGGGCAGAAGAACAUCUUCAAUGUAGACUGCAGCAAAGCAGGUGAGAUGGCUAGGAUGCCCACACACACACACCACAGGCAUGAAUUAAUGUACACACACACACACACACACACAAUCCCACCCCACACACACACACACACACACAAGCCCACCCCACACACACACUAACACAAUCCUUCCAUGACAUUUCUAACCCUGUAUCUCUCCCGUCCUCCAGGCUCUAACAUGUUGCUGGUGGGAGUGCACGGCCCCACGACCCCAUGUGAAGAGGUGUACGUCAAACACAUGGGCAACCGCCUGUACAACGUCACCUACACUGUCAAAGACAACGGAAACUACAUCGUUAUCGUCAAGUGGGGCGACGACAGUGUCCCCGGCAGCCCCUUCAAA